AUGGCGGGUUUCGACAAGUACACGUGCAAGUACUAUUACUCACACAACUGCAGAGGAUGGGUCCUUAAUUACGGCGGUGUAUGCUCCGAGUGCUCCGCAAAGGGUCGGGAAAAGGAUGGGGAUUCGCAAGUAAUUCUGGGAACCAGCCUCAUGACGCCUUGGUUUUCAUGA